UGUCAUUACACGGUGAAUUUCAGCACAUCACUCGCUGCUGGAUGUGUCUGUGCUAGGGACUGCACCGUCUUCCUGCGCUGUAGGGCAGAGCUGUGCAUGUGUAUGUGUGUGUGUGUGUGUGAGAGAGAGAGAGAGUGUGUGUGUGUGUGACUGCAAAGGGCCAAUCUGGGCAGGGGAGGCUGUCAGAAGGAAACCUCUUCCUGGGCCGCCGGGGAGAUUUGACAGGGCCAACCAACCAGAGAGGCUGCCGCUGAGCUUGGAGGUUGUCCUUUCGGGAGGAUUUCGAUACCUUUCCGAUCGGAAAGAAAACAGCGCCUUCAAGCAGAAACUCUUGGCGCAAGAUAGCAACUCGACAACUCCUUCCUGACGCGCUAAGACCUUCGCAGCCAAGACAACAAUCAAACGUUGCAGGCGAAGUCGGGCAGUUUCAGGGGGAGAAACAAACAACAUCCUAAAAGGUCGGCAAUGGAUUCCAACAACACAGGUGGUGUGAUCACCUACAUCGGGCCCAACAGCACCUCCUCAAGCCUGGGCCUGCUCUACAAUGACAGCUCCAACAGUAGUUUCCAGUCGGUGUCCCAGUCCUAUUCCCCCUUGCCACCGUCUCCGAACGGCUCCAGUUCCAGUUCCAGCUCCAGCUCCAGCUCCCAGGAUAGCAAACACAACCGGAGCAGCUCCUCGGGAUCUGGAGACGACUGCUCCAGCAGUGGGCCCUUCAGCAACCUGAAGCUUACAACAGACGAUGGGAACUCCAUCACUACCACGAAAAUCAACUCUGGCAUCACCAAAAUCAGUGGAAUGAUCCUGCUGUGCAAAGUAUGCGGAGACGUAGCCUCUGGUUUUCACUAUGGAGUACAUGCCUGUGAAGGUUGCAAGGGCUUCUUCAGGAGGAGCAUCCAGCAGAACAUCCAGUACAAGAAGUGCCUGAAGAACGAGAACUGUACCAUCAUGCGGAUCAACAGGAAUCGCUGCCAGCAAUGCCGCUUCAAGAAGUGCCUUGCCGUUGGCAUGUCCAGGGAUGCCGUGCGCUUUGGGCGUAUCCCGAAGCGGGAGAAGCAGCGGAUGUUGGCGGAGAUGCAGAGCGUGAUGAAUAACAUGGUCAACAACCAGCUGAGCGGCGAGUUGCAGAACGAGCUGCAGCCCCAGCAGCCAAGCUGGCAGCUUCAGCCUCCACUGGCUGUCCCGGUGCAGCCCGCGCAGCAGGAGCGCAUGUCGCCCUGCCACCAUUCCCAGCAGCAGUGCAACCCGCAGCAGGUCUGCUGCCCCAGCACCGAAGCCUCCAUGGAAGAGGUCAUCUACUCCAUUUCCCGGGCUCACAAAGAGACCUUCACCUACGCCCACGACAAGUUGAAGCAAACACCAGCAACCUGCCAGCACGACACAGAGCCGAUGAGCCACAAUGCUAAUUGCUGCUUAAAUGGAUAUGAUGUCAAUGGUGCGAACACUAUCUAUCAUGAAGAGAACAACAUGUUCCACAAAGGCAGUGGCCCUGGACUAAAGAAUAUGUGUUACCCUUCCUCCUUCCCCAAUGGCCACGCAAACGGACAUCACCAGCAUCAGCCCAACGGACACAAACUGCACAAUAGAAAUCUGUUUGGUGCCAGUGAUGAGAUGGAGAGUGGCAAUGGGAGGACAUGCCCAUGGAAAGGACCGAAUACUGUCGUCCUGGCAUGCCCGAUAAACGCACAGCCGCACGUGGACGGCAACCAAUCGGUGCAGCAGAUCUGGGAGGACUUUUCCCUGAGCUUCACGCCAGCUGUCCGAGAGGUGGUGGAGUUUGCAAAACUGAUUCCUGGAUUCCGGGACCUAUCCCAACACGACCAGGUCACCUUGCUGAAAGCCGGCACCUUUGAGGUGUUGAUGGUGCGGUUCGCGGCCCUGUUCAACGUGAAGGAGCAGACGGUGACCUUCAUCAGCGGGAUCGCCUACUCCAUCGAGGAGCUGCGGGGGAUGGGAAUGGGAGACCUGCUCAACUCCAUGUUCGACUUCAGCGAGAAGCUGAGCUCUCUGCAGCUUAGCGAGGAGGAGCUGGGCCUCUUCACUGCAGUCGUGCUGGUCUCGGCAGAUCGUUCCGGGAUUGAGAACAUUAGCUCGGUGGACCAGCUGCAGGAGGCGUUGAUCCGUGUGCUGAGGGCUCUGAUCAUGAAGAACCACCCCAGCGAAGCCUCGCGGUUCACCAAGCUGCUCCUCAAACUGCCCGACCUCCGCACCCUCAACAACAUGCACUCGGAAAAGCUGUUGGCCUUCCGGAUAGACCCCUGAACUCCCCUCUCUCGCUCUCUCCUGUCUCCGCCACAUUUUUAAAGGGAUUUUAUUUAUAUUUCAAUGAACAUUCAGACAUAGUGCAAAGCAUCCUGUAAAUAAUGUGUAUAUUUCAGCUGUCGAGGGAGUGUAAUGUAUUCUUAUAAGGAAUGUUCUACAAAUUCAAUAUAUUUAAAAGCUCAUUCCGUUGGGACCUCUCCGUCUGCGAACAUGAGCUCAGUGGUAGACGUGGGCGUGAGGUUAUCUGCUGGUUGGGCUGAGUAAUGUGUAAAAAUCAACCGGAGGUCCAUGCACUCUGUGCGGUGAGCGUUUUGUGGGGGGAGGUCCCAUCGUUCCUGCGUUUGGCUAGUCACUGGCCCAAGCCCAGACAAUCCUCCAGACGACCCAGCCCCCACCAAAGGCAACAGGGAGAACUUCCAACAAAUCUCAAGCAGACCACGGUGGUGGGCGUCAGACCGAGCGACCCCGGCCCCCACCCGCCACCCCGGGCCCACUUCUAGACGCAGUUCGAAGGCUAAUCAGCAAACGUCGUCUCGUUCAGCGCCGUUCACAUUUCAUCGGCUGUCCCGUGAGUGUAUCCAUAGAACCCCAACAACACCAGGCAUUUCGUGGAAAGCCUUGAACUGAUCACAACUCCAGUCCCCGCUUGCCUCUCUGCGGCUCGUUUUCAAGCCCCACCGACCUUCGUGCGAGCGAACCGCCGCGUCUUUGUGAUGUAGUCCUUUAAAUUCCCGUUAUGGAUGCAACAACCCACCCCCACCCGACCACUCCUCACUCUCCCCCUCUCCUGCCGAGUGCUAAACAGUCCACGAGGUCCUGUUCUUGAUCCACCUGUUCCAAUAGUGUUACAAUUGACCUCGGUAUCUCUGGGCCAGUAGAGUUGGUGGGGUGGGGUGGGGGCGAGUAGAGGAAGGGAUGAUGGUGAUUAUAGGUGCAGGAUGAGAAUGUACGCGUUGGGCUUCCUAUGGAGAAGCCAAGUGGAUCGUGCCUGGUUGGGGUCCAACACAAAGGAAGCCUACAAGGGGAGAGGUGGUGAGACCACCAGCCAGGGCAGAGGAGGUGGACAAUGACUUGACUGUCAAACACAACCUCGGCUGGGGGCUGCUGCAUGAGUGGACAAUCUGCCCUGGACUAUUCCAGUUACCGCAUCAUCGUCCCGGCGUCCUUCAAUUAUUGGUGUGUUUGUGAUUCCAGAUCAACUCAAAGAUACAAUUUAUAAAAACUAAAAUAUGAAUGCACUGAAUUAAAUAUCAACACGAA